ACCAGUCAAUGUAUUUGUAGUGUACAUAGUGAGACAAACAGAAGUUUAAAGGUUCACAUCGUCAGUCUUUUUGGCAAGAAAGAUGCACUUAGGAAUAAUUUUAUGUCUGGUGAUCAGUAAAGUCAGUUCUGCGGUGCUGGACCAGAGACCAUCUGGGAAGAGCAGUUGGACUGGGAAGCUGUUAGUGGUGCCCAUGGAUGGAAGUCACUGGACAGGGGUGAAGGCUGUGGCAGAAGAGUUGGGACGUAGAGGACACACAGUGAUUGUGGUGAUUCCAGAGAUCAGCAUGCGUUUGGGUCCAGGAAAACACUACAUCACAAAGACAUUUCCGGUCAACUAUGAGCUGGAUUUGAUCAAUGAGGUAUUGACCGAGCAUGUUCAUGAAGUGACAAGCCCAUGGCAGUCCCUUCUGAAGAGUGUGACUUCAACAGCUGCCAGUUUGAUAAAGAUGUUCAACCUGAUGGCCUCUACAAGUGAAAGUCUGUUCCAGAACCAGGAGCUUAUAGAGUUUUUGAGAGAACAAAACUUUGAUGCCGUUUUAACUGAUCCUGCCCUACCAAUGGGCGCCAUACUGGCGUAUAAUCUAUCUGUACCUGCAGUGUACAUGUUAAGGGGAAUGCCAUGUGGCAUUGAUGCUGCAGCCACAGCCUGUCCAGACCCUCCUUCAUAUAUCCCACGUUUCUAUACACGAAACUCAGACCGCAUGACUUUUAGUCAGCGUGUACUUAACUUUUUUGUGAGCAUACUGGAACCACUGAUAUGUAAAUUUUUAUACUUGCCCUAUGAGGAAGCGACGUUCAACUUCCUGCAGAGAGAUGUGAGCCUGACUGAGAUCCUGAACACCGGAGCCGUCUGGUUGAUGCGGUAUGAUUUUAGCCUGGAGUUCCCCAAACCCCUGAUGCCCAACAUGCAGCUCAUAGGAGGAAUUAAUUGUGAAAUUAGGAACCCACUGACAAAGGAGGUGGAGGAAUUCGUCAAGGGUUCUGGAGAGCAUGGUAUUGUGGUGUUCAGUCUGGGUUCUCUGGUGUCCUCCAUCCCAAAAGAGAAAGCUGCUAUCUUCUUCAAGGCUUUCCGUAUGAUUCCACAGAGGGUUAUUUGGCGGUAUACAGGUGAGAUUCCUGAUAAUGUCCCAGAAAAUGUCAAGUUGAUGAAGUGGCUUCCACAGAAUGACUUGCUCGGUCACUCCAAAGCAAAGGCCUUUAUCACUCAUGGUGGGACGCAUGGAAUCUAUGAGGGCAUCUGUCAUGGUGUUCCCAUGGUGAUGCUUCCCCUCUUUGGUGACCAGGGUGACAAUGUGCACCGCAUGGCAACUCGAGGGGUGGGAGUGGUGCUCAGCAUCCAUGAUAUCACUGCAGAAACACUGGUCGAUGCUCUCAACACAGUUAUUAACGACAGCAGCUAUAAGCAAAGAAUGGAGAAGCUGUCGGCCAUACACAAUGACCGUCCCAUGCAGCCCCUGGACCUUGCAGUCUACUGGACAGAGUUUGUUAUGAGACACAAGGGGGCAGACCACCUGAGACCUGCUGCUCAUGAGCUGAACUGGCUUCAGUACCACAGUCUAGAUGUGAUUGGCUUCCUGCUUUUUAUUGUGCUGAUUGUAACUCUAGCAACAUUUAAAUGCUGUGCACUUUGCUGGAGACGCUGUUGUAGAAAAUCGCAGAAGAGGAAGGAAGACUGAUUGUAUAAAGAUUAAAACGUGGUAUUGCUUAAAAACCACAUUUUCCACAUCUACUAUUUUUAAUUCAGGUGCCAUCAUUCAUGAGAAUGUCAUGAGAAGCAACCUGACUUCUAGCACCUGACUACUGAGCCAGUGAAGUUUCUCAAAAAGCCGCAGUUUUGUAAAGAGGGAGCAUACAUCAAUAUUUUGAAGCAGUUUCAACUGUAAAGAUUUGUUUCUUAAAAUAUUCGUUUACAUGCUUUCAUUAUGAUAUCAUUGGUCACUGCUCACCUAGUAGCCACCAGCAUUUUUUUUUUUUUAAUCAUUCAAAGCAAUCCACUGUAGGCUAAACAAACGGCAGGUUCUAACUCUCAUAAUCAACAGGAAUUCUGGAUAAUGGAAUUCUUUUAAUGAACCUUUGUCAGGUUAGAUGCUUUGUUUUAUAUGACACAAGUGAAAGGCUGUGAAAGAAAUAUAAUCUUGUCUAAUUUCGUUUUUUUUUUUUUUAUAAUACAAGGUUCAAUAGAAAUGUUUUCAAUUUCCAUGUUUCAUCAACCUUAUGAUCACCAUCAAGGCAUUCAAAAUGUUUUAAAUGAACUUAAUUGCUUACACUUUUUUCUGUAAUUUGCCCCCAUAGAUUUUUCAUUAAUUUCACUCCUAAAUGACCAACCAAUCCGUUUUUGUAUGAACAGAAAAUUGCUGUUGUGCACUUGUAGCCUCUUAUGAUCUGUAAAAUCACAUUCUGUAAACUUGAAAAAAUACAAUUCUAAAAUAUGAACACAGCAAUGCUUUUUUUAUGAAAUACAAAAAAAAAUUCAUUCUCUUUUCUCACAAAUUUUAGUUGCACUUCUCUGCAAACUGGGAAAAACAGUAAAGCAUAAGUUUGACAUAAGUUUCAUUUCUACAGAAAGCUAUUUGGGGUUGUGCAAGAAGAGAAAACAGAUCUUACUGUUGAACAAAGUCUCAUUUGAAAACGUACUGCUGUAUCUGUAGUUUCUAAUACACUAAACAAUGUAAAAUUAAAAACCUGUCCUUAUACAAGAAAUAAAUAUUUACACUUGCAAGUGACUAACACUUUCUUAAAAUGUACUUUUUUUUUACCGACCUCUGGUGGAGGGGAAUAAUACAGGUGCAUCUCAAU